CGCAUCAACUUUAUUUCCAUUUUUGCAGGGCGCCAAUUUUCCAAUCUCUCUCUCUCUCUCAAAUAACAAAUUUUUGCUCCGAUCAAGCUCGACAAAAAUGGCCAACAAUCCUUGAGUAUCUCGCAUUGCUUUUAGGUUACGUUGCCUGUUUGCCGGACAUGGACUUCGUCCAAUCCUCUGCUUUCAUUUGAUUUUCCCUCCGUAGUUCCAAGGAGGAUUGUUUCCACACGAUUUCAAAUGCCAAGUAAAUCAUCUGGAGAGCAUCCAAACGGUUAAUCUGUAUCUACUAGAGUAAUUAUUUCUGUUCAGUCUCUCGAAUUCUGAAAGAUGUCUGCUAGAAAGUCGAGAGCUAAUGCGACAGAGAAGGUUUGGUCCCAUGAAGAACAGCAGGCCAAGAUAAAUGAAGUAAAAAAGUUGAUGGGUCCAAUUGCUGAUAAGCUUCCUGUUUUGUGCUCGGAUGCUUCUAUUCUGAGGUAUCUCAAAGCAAGAAACUGGAAUACAAAGAAGGCCAAUAAAAUGUUGAAGGAAACUUUGAAAUGGAGGCUAGAAUACAAGCCAGAGAAGAUAAGUUGGGAAGAUAUUGCUCAGGAGGCCAAGACGGGAAAAAUAUAUAGAGCUACUUACACUGACAAACAAGGAAGGACCGUUCUUGUAAUGAGGCCAAGUAGUCAGAAUACAGAAUCAACAACUGGACAGAUACGAUAUUUGGUUUACUGUAUGGAGAAUGCGAUCUUGAGUUCAAAUUCAACUGAUGGAUACAUGGUAUGGUUAAUUGAUUUUCAUGGUUGGAACACAUCUUGUCUUUCAAUGAAGGUUACUCGAGAUACAGCUCACGUCCUUCAAAAUCAUUAUCCUGAAAGAUUGGGCCUUGCUAUUCUCUACAACCCACCAAAGCUGUUUGAGUCCUUUUGGGUGAUGGUAAGACCAUUCCUAGAGUCAAAGACAUCCAAAAAAGUGAAGUUUGUGUAUUCCAACAACCCAGAGAGCCUAAAGAUAAUGGAAGAAAACUUCGACGCCGACAAAUUGGAAUCUUCAUUUGGUGGCAGAAACCCUAUUGGGUUUAACUAUGAAGAUUAUUCACAAAGAAUGAUGGAAGAUGACAAAAAAAUGACUCAUUUUAUUGACUCUAGAUGCUCUUCUCCAACUUACAAAGCUCUUUUAUCCAAAUCACAGAUGCUGGACUCGGCCGCAUUCGAUGUUGAUUCUCAGGCUUCUGACGACGAAAGCGACACCGACGAAAUACCAUCAAAUUUGAGGCGUCCAGAUGACAAGCUACAAGAAGUCACUUCGGCGACCACAUCAGAUUCCAGAUGACGAACUACAACAACAUUGAUUCAAGUUAAAGUAAAGGUGAAGGCAAGUUGGUGAAUGACUAGAAGAGAUCAUGGUUCACUAUAGAGGGAUAAUAUAUAUGUUUUAUUCGGCAUUUAUGUUUUUAGAAAAUUAUUUUUAAGGUUUAUUUUUUAUAUAUUUCUUUUAUUUUAAAGGGGCUCGAACUUUAUUUAAAUCUUCUUCUUUUAGGUUUUAUUAGAGAAAAGAAAAGAAAGAGAUUGAGAGAGGGGCAACCGACAAGAGAUAAACACAAUGUGAAAGAGAAUUUUUUUAUUGCAAACAAGAGAGAAGAGCUCAAAUGAAUCUCGAAUGUAUGAAGAACCCACCGAUUUGAGUGGACGAACUCACCGAUGCGUAUCUUGCUAAGAUGUAUAUAAGUUUUGAAUUCUAUGGUAUAAUUUCAUGAUUUCAUCUUUAUUAUAAUAUCAACAAUGCUCCCCUUUUCAA